UGAAAGACUGAAGGCAGGCAGGAUUUAUGCAGAUGUAUCUAGAGCCGUUGGUGUUUGGUGACAUGUUUGGACUCGGUGGGCUAUGUGCUCCUGUGUCAGUAAUGUAGAAGGUUUGGAGGUUCAUCUCGGUGCGGUUUCUCCUGCUCUGAGCAGCGACGCGCGGAGUGGGUUGAGCUACAUGUCAACGCACUUACGAGAUACGAGCCACUGCGCUACCGACUAGUUGGCUGUGAUGGACGAACGAGAAACCCGAAUCGGAGUUGAUGUGGAUAUACACGAAUGACUCGAACGAAUGUUUUACCUGAUGCUUGUUUUAAUCGUUUAUUACUGACACCAAUUAAGCGGAGCUGUCGCCAUGAAAAUGAGACGGAUAUUUUUACCCAGAUGCUGCUCUUUCUCUCCCUAGCGUGCCCUAAGCCAAGUAAAUGGACACAAUGUUGCUGGCCUCGGCCGCGGUGGUAUGGGAAUGGCUGAAUGAACACGGCCGCUGGAGGCCCUACAGCCCGGCUGUGUCUCAUCACAUCGAGGCGGUGAUCCGAAGUGAAUCCCGUGGAGGGAGCGUCGUGCUAGGCCAAGCCGACAGCCGCCUCGCGCCCUACAUCAUCGACUUACAGUCCAUGCAUCAGUUCAGGCAGGACACAGGUACUUUACGGCCAGUACGCAGAAGUUUCUAUGACCCUGCUUCAGCACCAGGUCAGGGCUGGCUGUGGGAGUGGGAGAAUGAUGCCGGUUCUUGGACACCAUACGACAUGGAGGUGUGCAUUGCCCUGCAGGCAGCACGGGAUCGGCAACAGCCAUGGUUGGAUUUGGCACCACUUGGCUUCUGCUACCUUGUGGACUUUCAAAGCAUGACUCAGAUCAAUCAGCAAACACAAAGACGCCGGCGCAUCCAGAGGCGAUCAGACAUGGCCUAUCCACUCGUCUCUGGGCCAUUGCCAAAAGUCUCCCAAGGAUGGAGCACUGGGCCUGGAGGGGCAGCUGGUGGUGGAAGCACUGCAGGUGGCGUUUCAGCUGGAGCACUUCUGGGAGUUGGAGUUUCUGGCUCUAGCACCAGUGAAAAUGGUGGUCCACUCUACCCAAGUGGAACACUUUCAAUGUCAUCUCUUUCCCCACCUGGACAGCCAUGUGCCUGCCAACAAUGUAUGCUUGUCUUGAGCGUGAAAGCAAAUGCCAUGGCAUCACAAACGUUAGGACGGAGAAUGCCACCCACAAAAGUACUCAGCCCUAAAUCCAACCGAGGGACACUUCCAUACUCUGCUACAACCUCAUCCAUAUCAAAUUCAUACUCACACACACUGCCUCAUGGGCUGUCCUUGAACCGAUCCCUCUCACAAGAACGCAAGAAUGCUGCUGCUUUUGCUCAGUCUUUGUCCAUGCUAACCUCUAACACUGCCAAUCUUUCACUGUCCUCCAAUCGCCCACCUCCUCCAUCUUUGCCCCCUCCACCACCUCCACCAACAUCCCAUCAUCAGUCUUUAUCCAUGCCAAGCUGCACCACAACAACAUCAUCUCUAUCAGUGCCAACUGCAACACUCAUCACUGUGGCCACAAGCAGCACGUCAUGUUCGUCCUCAUCAUCAGCGUCAACAGCUGUUCCACCCCAGCGUUCUGCAGCCUGUGCUGCUCCUUUGCCCCCUCGUGCCAGUCUGGCAGGGCUGAGUCGGCCAGCACUACAGAGAAUUGCCAUGGCGCAAUCCCGGGCACUCAUCGCCUCUGGUGUGCCAACAGUGCCAGUGAAAAACCUCAAUGGUUCCAGUCCCAUCCAUCCAGCUUUAGCAGGAAUCACAGGUAUUCUGAUGAGUGCAGCGGGGCUGCCUGUUUGUUUGACUCGUCCUCCUAAACUGGUGCUGCACCCACCUCCUGUCAGCAAAAGUGACAUCAAGCCCAUCCCUGGUCUUGGACACUGCUGCCGGAAAACCACCAAAAAACAGGCUCGCAAAGGCAAGACUCCAGAGGAGGUGGUGAAGAGAUACCUACAGAAAGUCAGGAAUCCUCCUGAAGAGGACUGCACUAUCUGUAUGGAGCCUUUGGCUGGCCCCUCUGGUUAUAAAGGUCCAGGUGUGGGUGCAGUGUCCCGUGCGGAGUCAGUGGGUCGACUGACACAGUGUGGCCAUCAGUACCAUCUACAGUGCCUGGUAGCGAUGUACAAUAAUGGCAACAAAGAUGGCAGCUUGCAGUGUCCCACAUGCAAGACGAUCUACGGUGUGAAGACAGGCAACCAGCCACCUGGGAAGAUGGAAUACCAUGUCAUUCCUCACUCACUCCCAGGACACCCGGACUGCAAAACUAUUCGCAUAAUAUACAACAUACCACCUGGCAUACAGGGCUCUGAGCACCCAAACCCAGGAAAGCCUUUCACAGCAAGAGGAUUUCCACGCCAUUGCUAUCUUCCAGACAGUGAGAAAGGACGGAAGGUAUUGAGACUUUUAUUGGUAGCAUGGGACAGGAGGCUAAUCUUCUCAGUGGGUACUUCUAGCACCACGGGUGAGUCGGACACAGUCAUCUGGAAUGAAAUCCACCAUAAAACCGAGUUUGGCUCCAACCUUACAGGCCAUGGCUACCCUGACCCUGGCUAUCUGGACAAUGUGUUGGAGGAGCUAAAGGCCCAAGGCAUGACAGAGGAGGAUGGACAACAGCUGUGAGGAGCAGGAAAUUGCAGGAGAAAAGUGUAGAGUCCAAACAAAGGCCUGAACUUUGAGAAGUGGACAUAAAAUGGAUGAGGGGCAUAACUGGACACUUGGGAUUUUUGGUUGGGUUUUGGGAAAUUUAUGUUUUGGGAAAAGUCAUUUCUGAGGCACAAAGUAUGUGUUUGUAUGUGUGUUUGCUCAUUUGCUCAGUUGUGGACCAAACGUUAUACAUAAAUGAUGGAGAGCAGUGGUUUGACUACAUCAGGCAUUGCUGGCCCUCUAAUUUGUUAAUUGAUAUUGAUUAAUAAAUAGACAGCACUAAUACCAAUAUAUGAAAAGAGUGUUGAAAGAAAGAAAAUAGAAAAAGUUUCAGGGACAGAAGGAAAAGAAAGUAGACUGGAUAAAGAGAUUUGAAAUGGAGGGGAAGGAAACUUGUAGUAGCCUAAGCAGAUGAAUGAGAAUAAGAACGGCCAAAGAAUGUAGUUUUAAUUUCAUAAAGUAAUAAAUUAGGUAUCUGUGGUGGUAGAGCAGUAGUAAACACGUGUGUGUGUGUGUGUGUGUGUGUGUGUGUGUGUGUGUGUGUGUGUGUGUGUGUUUGAAGUUGAGAAGAAAACCUUGUGCCCUCAAAAAAUGAUAUUUUCAUAAAAAACAUUCCUUAUUUCAUAUGAUUGAGUUAUAUAAUCUGAUCUGAGUGCUUAACUUGUAUCAGGAUUGCUGUUAUCAUGUAAUACCAUUCCAUGUAUUAGAAUUUAUUUCCUAUAAUUCCUUUUUAUUGCAUUAUUUUUGUGUGAGUCAUGGAUGAUUAUAUGUGGGUGUGACUCAGAGUGCUGAGUCUGUCAAACUACCCUGUCACAGAGUUGUAAACACCUACGGUGUAGUUUCUGUAGUAUAAGAGAAUGCUUAGUGUGGACUGAAAAGUGACUGAAAAGAUUUCUGUUGGUGUUUAGUUUAAAAAUCAUAGGUCCUUUUCAGUCCAGGUUUACACAUAUUCUUGGUAGCCAUAAUUUCUCCAUAUUAAAUAUGUAUCAGUACCUCAUUGAGGUAUUGGGUAUGAUUAAAAUGUCCUGGCUUUUCAUAGUGAUAAGUGUUAAAGGACAAAUUUGUAUAUGAUACAGCACAUUGGAGGACUUUAAUAUGUUUAGUGAUGUUAUAGUAGAAGAGUCCUAGUACAAGGAAGUUAAAUUUAAACAGGUUAUGAGGAAAGAAUGGAAGGUCAAGCAGCAGCUUGGUAUUUAAACAUCAAUAUAUAGUAAAAACAGUAAUACACUAAAUGGCCAAAAGUAUGCGGACAGCUGACCUUUUGCCAAAAAAGCUGUAAGCAAAUAAUUGUGUUGGAUGUCUUUGUAUGCUGUAGCAUUAUGAUUUCUUUUCCCUGUGCUCAAAGCAAGGUCCAUAAAAACUGGUGUUGAAGAACUUAAGUGGACUGCAGAGAGUCCUGGCCUUAAACCCACUGAACGCUAUUAGGAUGAAUUGGAAUGCCAAUUCUGCACACAGGCCUCCUAACUUAAAGCCAUUUCCUGACCUCCCUAAUGCUCUUGUGGAUGAAUGAGCACAAAUCCUCACAGCCACACUCCCAAAUCUGGUGGAAAGCCUUCCUAGAACAGUGGAGGCUGGUGUUAAUCAUUCUUAAUUCCUAUGGUUUUUGAAUGGGCACAUAUAUUUGACUAUAUAGUGUAUUACAGACACAAAUUUAUAUACCCUUAAAUUUCAUAUUUAAACCUGUUCUCUAGAUUCAACACUGAAUUGGUGGAAUCUGUUUGCAGAUUAAUUCAAGAAUGGCCUUAGUGUUGGUUCAUAUUAAAAGAUGCAUUUGGAUUUUUUUUGUGUGUGUCUGUGUUCCAAGCUGUGUUGCACUGCCUUCCAUACCCCCCCUCUCUGUUGUCCAGUUUGUGUGUUCAGUCAGCAACUGACCUGUUCUGUCUUUGACCCAAAUAUGUGCCAUAAUUGUGUCUCUGUAAGAGUGAAAACAUGCAUGUGUGAGCACAGGUGUCAACUGUAUGCAUGCAUUUGUGCUUGAUUGCGUUUGUGUGUAUGUAUGUAUGGUGUUUGAUUUGACCAAAUUUAAGGUACAAUUAUUUUCUUAUUUUCUGCAUGCUUUUCUUUUCAGAACAUUUUAGUGCAAUGGUGCCUGCAUUUCUUUCUUUCUUCCCAUUUCAAGUUAAAUAUUUCACACCUUAAGGUACUAGGUUAUAGAACUCACCAGUCUUUCUGAAGUGUACAGAAAUUCUCUGUAUUUGUCAAUGUCUUUUCUUUGUGAAAAGGAACCUAAAUGUAGAAUUCUCUGACUGUGUAAAAAUGUCCUAUUUUCUGAGGAGAGUCACCUCCCUCUUCUCAUUAACACCUAAACAACGGAAAUCUCAAGUCAUUCACAGUCAUGUUUGGGAGAUGUGUGUGAAAUGGAUAAUAUUUACCUUUUUUAUUGUAUUUUCUGCACUGCAGGAAGUUUGGAUAAAUACAUGAUCAAAACAGCUAAAUAUGUGUAUAUAGUAAUGGGGGGUGUAAAUACAACAAUUUGAGCUAUGUUAAAUGAUAAAAAAAAAUAAAGAAUGGGUAAUAGUUGCUUGAGUUCUAUGAUUACAAUU